AUGUACAAAGAUCUUUUUCACACAAAUAAUGAGUCACCAUUCAUAUCGACACAUCUGAGAUCACGAAAUAUUGAGGAGUUCCUGGUUUCAAUCCUUUUACUUCUUCUUGUUACUGGAUAUCUUGUUUAUACACAUCUUUUCUUUGUUUCUCGCUUCUCUAAUGAGUUACAGACAGAGUUCGAACAGGUCAAAUCUUUGAUGAUUCCAUCCUACAUCAUUGAAUUGCGAAAACUUCUGGAUAGGUAUCCUCUAUCAGAACAAAAUUCUUUCUGGUUAAAGGAUAUCUUUGGAGUUGCUCGAGAACAAUUAGGAAAUUUUUUAGAAGAAAGGCGAGGUUGGCCUUCUGGCGGGGACAUCCCAAGGGGUGGUGGUUUCGCUGAUGGGGUCAAAUCCAUACGUUCGAAGAAGAACGGUUUUAAUCUCAUGGAUCUCAUAAGUAUUAUACCAAAUCCCAUCAAUCGAAUCGCGUUUUUGAGAAAUACGAGACAUUUAAGUCAUACAAGUAAAGCAAUCUAUUCAUUGAUAAGGAAAAGAAAAAACAUGAAUAGUAAUUGGAUUGAUGAUAAAAUAGAAUCCUGGAUCUCGACUAGUGAUUUCAUUGCUGAUAAAGAAAGAGAAUUCUUGGUUCAGUUCUCUACCUUAACGACAGAAAAAAGGCUGGAUCAAAUUUUAUUGAGUCUGACUAAUAGUGAUCAGUUAUCAAAGAAUAACUCUGGUUAUCAAAUGAUUGAGCAACCAGGAACAAUUUACUUACGAUAUUUAAUUGACAUUCAUAAAAAGGAUCUGAUGAAUUAUGAGUUCAAUACAUCCUGCUUAGCAGAAAGACGGGUAUUCCUCGCUCAUUAUCAGACAAUCACUUAUUCAGAAAUCCCGUGUGGGGCUAGUUGUUUGGAUUUAUCAUCUCAUGGGAAACCCUUUUCGCUACGCUUAGCCCUAUCCCCUGCUAGGGGUAUUUUAGUGAUAGGUUCGAUAGGAACUGGACGAUCCUAUUUGCUCAAAUAUCUAGCGACAACCACCUAUGUUCCUUUCAUUACAGUAUUUGUAAACAAGUUCCUGGAGAACUUUCCUAAGGGUUUUGAUAGUGAUGAUAGUGAGGACGACAUGGAUGAUAGUGACGAUCUCGACCGUAAGCUUGAUAGCCAGUUGAAGUUUCUAAGUAUGGAGGAUCCGGUAUCUAGCGAUCUGAUGGAAAUAGACCGGUUUUAUCUCACGCUUCAAUUCGAAUUAGCAAAAGCAAUGUCUCCUUGCAUAAUUUGGAUUCCAAACAUUCAUGAUCUGGAUAGGAAUGAGUCGAAUGACUUAUCGCUGGGUAUAUUAGUGAACUCUCUUUCCAGCGAUUCGGAAAAAGGUUCUACUAGAAAUAUUCUAGUUAUUGCUUCUACUCAUAUUCCAAAAAAAGUAGACCCUGCUUUAAUAGCUCCGAAUAAAUUAAAUACAUGCAUUAAGAUACGAAGGCUUCUUAUUCCACAACAAAGAAAGCACUUUUUUACUCUUUCAUAUACUAGGGGAUUUCACUUGGAAAAGCAAAUAUUCGAUACUAAUGGAUUGGGGUCUAUAACUCUGGGUUCUAAUGUACGAGAUCUUGUAGCACUUACUAAUGAGGCGCUAUCGAUUAGUAUUAUACAAAAGAAAUCUAUUAUAGACACUAAUAUAAUUAGAUCUGCUCUUCAUAGACAAACUUGGGAUUUUAGAUCUCAGAUAAGAUCGAUUCAGGAUCAUGGGAUCCUUUUUUAUCAGAUAGGGAGGGCUGUUUCACAAAAUCUACUUCUAAGUAAUUGCUCUAUCGAUCCUAUAUCUAUCUAUAUGAAGAAGAAAUCAUGUGCAGAGGGGGAUUCUUAUUUGUACAAAUGGUACUUCCAACUUGGAACAAGCAUGAAGAAAUUAACCAUACUUCUUUAUCUUUUGAGUUGUUCUGCCGGAUCGGUCGCUCAAGAUCUUUGGUCUCUACCCGGACCUAAUGAAACAAAUGAUGGGAUCACUUCUUAUAGACUCCUUGAGAAUGAUUCUGAUCUAGUUCAUGGGCUAUUAGAAAUAGAAGGUGCUCUGCUGGAACCCUCACAGACAGGAAGUCGGUUUGAUAAUGAUGGCGUGACAUUGCUUCUUCGGUCCGAACCAAGAAAUCCCUUAAAUAUGAUUCAAAAUGGGUCUUCUUCUAUCGUUGAUCAGAGAUUUCUCUAUGAAAAAUAUGAAUCGGGGUUCGAAGAAGGGGAAGGAGUCUUCGACCCGCAACCGCUAGAGGAGGAUUUAUUCAAUCACAUACUUUGGGCUCCGAGACUGUGGCGCCCUUGGGGCUUUCUCUUUGACGAAGGGUCCAAUGAAUUGAGAUUUCCCUAUUGGGAAGGGUCAUUUCAGGACAAACCGAUCCUUGAUGAUUAUGAUGAAGAGGGUAAGCUUCAAGAGAAUGAUAAUGAUUCGCAGUUCUUGCAGGAUGGAAUCAUGCAGGACCAGACACGAGCGAGAUUUUCCAACGAACAGGGCUUUUUUCGAAUAAGCCAAUUCAUUUGGGACCCCGCAGAUCCACUGUUUUUGCUAUUCCAAGAGGAUCCUUUUGGAUCUGUAUUUUCACAUCAAGAAUUUUCUCCAGAUGAAGAGAUGUCAAGGAUACUUUUGACUUCCCAAACCCAAAAAAUUGAUUGGAAAUAUCUAAAUAAACCCUGGUUUAGGAAGAAUAUGCAAGAACAGAAUUUCAAAUUGUUGAUUGAUCGCCAGAGAUGGUUUAGAACCAAUAGUUCAGUAUCAAAUGAAUUUUUUCGUUCUAAUACUCUAUACGAGAGUUAUCAAUAUUUAUCAAAUCUGUUCCUAUCUAACGGAACCCUAUUGGCUCAACUCACAAAGACAUUGUUGAGAAAAAAAUGGCUUUUCCCAGACGAGAUGGUUGUGACUAUCUGUUCCAAUAACGAACGAUUGGUUUAA